AUGAUUAAAACAUGUUUAGUCGUCAAUUAUGAUAUUAGAGGUAACCUGCCUUGUCACAGGCUUACAAACGGACAUGUUGAAGAUCUAUUAUUUGAAAGUGUAAAAGACGUUUGGAUCGACCAGCAAAAGAGUGAACAUUUUUCACCAAAAACAUUGCUCGACACGUUAUAUGAGCAAUACGAUUUAGCAUAUCGAAAUAAGGUAAUGGAUGAUGGCAAUCAACUACAAAUCACUUUAAAACCUUUGACAGUGGACCAACAUAAUAUAAGAAAACGUAAAGCUGACGAAGAUUCAGGCAAAGCUGACAAUGGAGAUGAACAGCCAUCACAUUCUAACGGAGAAUUAGACAAAUCAGCAAAACAAUACGAGGAUGAGAACACUAUUCAUUUUCCUAGAGUAGAACCAACAACCGACAGCAGCUCCGAAGAAAAAUCCACAACCGACGGCUCCGAGACAAAAUCAAAAACCGACGGCUACGAACUAAAGCCAACAACCGUCGGCUCCGAGGAAAAACCAACAACCGACGUCUCCGAAGCAAAAUCAAAAAUCGACGGCUACGAAGUAAAACCAACAACAAACGGGUUCUUGGCAGAUUCAAAAACGAACGGCUCCAUGGCAAAAUCAAAUAUUAACGGUUCCGAGGUAAAUACAGAUACACCAAAAACCAACAGCCUAGAGGCAAAACCAAAAAUUAACGGCUCCGAGGCAAAUACAGAUACACCAAUAACCAACAGCCUAGAGGCAAAAUCAAAGAUUAACAGCUCCGAGGCAAAUACAGAUAUACCAAAAACCAACAGCCUAGAACCAAAAAUUAACGGCUCUGAGGCAAAUACAGAUCCACCAAAAACCAACAGCCUAGAGGCAAAACCAAAAAUUAACGGCUCCGAGGCAAAUACAGAUACACCAAUAACCAACAGCCUAGAGGCAAAAUCAAAGAUUAACAGCUCCGAGGCAAAAUCAAAGAUUAACAGCUCCGAGGCAAAUACAGAUAUACCAAAAACCAACAGCCUAGAACCAAAAAUUAACGGCUCUGAGGCAAAUACAGAUACACCAAAAACCAACAGCCUAGAGGCAAAACCAAAAAUUAACGGCUCCGAGGCAAAUACAGAUACACCAAAAACCAACAGCCUAGAGACAAAGCCAAACAUUAACGGCUCCGAGGCCAAUACAGAUACACCAAAAACCAACAGCCUAGUGUCAAACCCAAAAAUUAACGGCUCCGAUGCAAAUACAGAUACACCAAAAACCAACAGCCUAGUGUCAAACCCAAAAAUUAACGGCUCCGAUGCAAAUACAGAUACACCAAAAACCAACAGCCUAGAGACAAAACAAAAAAUUAACGGCUCCGAGGCAAAUACAGAUAUACCAGUAACCAACAGCCUAGAGUUAAAACCAAAAAUUAACGGCUCCAAGGCAAAUACAGACACACCAAUAACCAACAGCCUAGAAGCAAAACCAAACAUUAACGGUUCCGAGGCAAAUACAGAUACACCAAAAACCAACAGCCUAGAUGCAAAACCAAAACCUGAUGACUCCGAGGCAAAACCAACAGACGGCUCCGAGGAACAACCAAAAACCGACGGCUCCGAGGCAAAACUAGAUAAACCAAAAACCGGCAGCUCCGAGGUACAAACAGACAAAUCAAAAACCGACAACUCCACGGCAAAGAGGCAAGAGGGUUUAGACCAUCAGCAAAGCGGGAAUGCUUUGGGCAAAUCCAAUGAACACGUAAAUGAAUCGGAGACUAACAUCGAUGGGAUGAAAACCAUAGAAAGUAACAAACCAAAAACCGGAGCGGUUAGCGAAGGUGGGCACAAAAACGACAUGCUACUGAUCGGUUUUUUCGUAGCGGGCCUGGUCGUCAUUGUUGUGGCCUUCUCUUACAACUUCAUGAAGAAAAGAAGCAGGGCGACAGUGGCCAGAAGUAAACUCUACGCAACCUACAGAACGGCCGAUCCCGAACAAGAUAACGAGAUGAACCCUUACAUGUAGAGGAAAGGAUUAAGAAAUAACAUCGAUUUUAAUACAAUGUUACACUUCUUUCACGUUAUCAGAUGCCUGAUCGAAUGAAAACCUGAGCUAUUUUAGCAUUGAGUUUUCAUUUGAUUCGGUUACUGACUUGACUCAAAUUCAUUCAGUUUAGUUUUAAUUGUGGGUUCUGAUUUCUGUUUGAG